AUUAUAGUCGUCUUCCGAUUAUUUAUUUUUGCAAACUUACAACCUCAAUUCUCCUCUUCACAUCAUUCAAGAUCGUAAACGACGUUAUAUGAGCUCGUCUUAUCAGCAAAAGGCUGUCUGUAUCUGAUUGAUAUUGACUAAACGAUCGACUGUGCAUAUCAAUCAACCCAAUUACCACCAGCCAAGCCCACUUUCCUUACCAAGGGUGCGCGACGGUAAAUCCGUUGCAACAAUCCGGUACGCGGAGCAUUUCAGGUAAGCAAUAUAUGUUUCUUUAUUUUAUCUAUUUGUUUUACCAAGGUUAUCUGCUUUCCCGCUCACAACGAUUUGGCAUUCGUCCUCGAGCUUCCAAGUACUUCGUUUGUUUCCGAGAUGGAUUUUGAAUCCCAGGGCUUGUUCGAGCGUUUUAGUAUGACGCCUGUAGCCAUGUCAUCGUUGUUGCAAGCUGCAUGUAUACAUUUAUUUGAACCUAUGCAAAUAGUCCAAUGAGAUGCGAUUGAUCAAGGGUUGUUUUUGGAUGUAUACAUAUAAACAGCAUUUCCCACCUCUUGAUUUUACCAUAAUACACUAGACGUAGAACUAUUUGGGCUAAUAUUCACAACCUCCUACAGAGAAGUACAACUACUCAAUACCUACCAACCUACCUUGAUUCAAAUACAAAGCCUUACCGAAACUUUAAAAUGUCUACCACCAACUCCAUCAAACAAGCUGCAGAAGCAGCACGAAACAAAACAGCAGAAGCAAUGGAAACUACCAAACGUCUUGCCGAAUCUGCCAAAGCAGAUCCCAUAGCCCUUAAAAACGACAUCCUCCAUACUCCCUUUAUGCGUGCUGCUCUUCCCUUUAUCAACGGUGGUCUUGCAGGCAUGACAGCCACCAGCGUCAUCCAACCCAUCGAUAUGAUAAAAGUACGUCUCCAACUCGCCGGGGAAGGAAUUCGCACUGGUACCAAACCAACCCCAUUAUCCGUCACGCGGGAAAUUCUUGCUUCGGGUAAAGCACUCGAUCUCUACACUGGUCUCAGCGCAGGCCUCCUCCGCCAAGCCGUCUACACCACCGCUCGUCUUGGCUUCUUCGACAGUUUCAUGAACACCCUCUCCGCUCGCUCAAAAGCAAACAAUACCACCAUCGGUUUCAAAGAACGCGCCGCGGCAGGUCUCACAGCAGGUGGCUUAGCAGCUAUGAUAGGCAACCCUGCAGAUCUCGCACUCAUUCGUAUGCAAUCUGAUGGAUUGAAACCCCUAUCCCAACGCAACAACUACAAAUCCGUCAUUGACGCCCUAACAUCCAUCACGAAAUCCGAAGGUAUCACAGCUCUCUGGGCUGGAUGUGCACCGACGGUUGUGCGAGCCAUGGCACUUAAUUUUGGACAACUAGCAUUUUUCUCCGAAGCCAAAUCACAACUCAAGACACACACGCAAUGGAAUCCAAAGACACAAACACUUACCGCGUCGGCUGUCGCAGGAUUUUUUGCGAGUUUCUUCAGUCUGCCAUUUGAUUUUGUGAAGACGAGGUUACAAAAACAGGGGAGAGGGAAGGAGAGGGUUUAUAAGGGGAUGGGAGAUUGUUUUUUGAAGGUUGCGAGGGAGGAGGGUAUGUUGAGGUUUUAUAGAGGUUUCGGUACGUAUUAUGUGAGGAUUGCUCCCCAUGCUAUGGUUACAUUGAUUGUGGCGGAUUGGUUGGGGUUUAUGACUAAGUGAGUGAGAGAGUGUGGCUGGAUGAGGUAGGGAGUGGGAAGCGGGGCUGGUUGUGGAGUAUGAGGAAAGUGGAGCGCCGCCUUGAUGAUAUUUGGAUGAUCUUUGAGGUUAAUCGAUUAAUCUGUCGAUCGAUUACAUUUUUUGGGGAUUGCUUGGGAUAGGAUUGGACGGACGGAUGGAGUUAUUUAGUUAGGAUACAGAUUUCUGGCUUUUCUUUUUGCUCAGCACUUUUUGGAUCAGGUUUUAGGAUGCAGGUUCUGGGGACUUUGCUUC